GACCGUCCCACCCACGAGCGGAUCCUCGGCAGGCACGACCUCCACUAUUUCCAAUAUCUCCACAACCUACCAUUGGCCGACGUCGAUGACUCGGGGUACUGGGGUCACCUCUCUGACAAAGACCACGACCACCCCCAGCAAUCUUGAGUCGUUUCCGACCAUCACCCCCACCUACAUCACCUCUUGUGUGUCUUCUCCGAUAUCUGACCCGGGAAAGACAACCUCCCAACCUGCGUUGUCCUCUGCUGUCUCCAGCGGCAUCUAUUCAAGCAGCCGCACCUCCGCACUUUGGCAUAACACGACAACGUCCUGCUUGGGCUUGGGCACUUCAACCCCUACGCACUUUCAUACUUCUGCUUCUUCCGUUGUCAGCGGCACCCCGGCCGCUGCAAAUUCCCUCCUCGCGAGAGCUCCUCGCUGGGCAAACACGAUCCCGCCCUAUCUAAACUCCACUACGGUCACCGCGACUGUCUAUCUUCCCACGGCCUCGUCAGUCAUGAGCUCCGACGAGACCGCUUCCUAUCCCGCAACCACCAACCACACUUCCCUCGUCCGGCCCACAUACGGCACCGCUUUGCCCUCGACGCUCUCGGGAUAGAGUCGUAUCAGCCCAACUACGACGGUGGAGUCUUCGUAUAACAGCCAGACGAUCGGGUCCUAGGUUCGUGCAGUGGGCUCUCUCGGCCUCACGUUCGCCAUGUCCUUCAUGGGUGACUCACCAAAGGGACGGAAUUGAUGGAUCAUAAGCUACUGAGAAUAUUUAUACGGCUGGAGCAAGCAUCUUUCCAAUAUUUUCGGAUGUCGGGAGCUCAUCUGCCUUCCCUUCUCAUUUCCCCUGGGGCACAUUGUAAUGUCUGAGAGAAGCUGCGGGAAGUUCAAUGAAGCAUAGUGGUUAGAUAAAAUUCAAAGCGUUUCCAUUC